GACAGGCUAUAUCUCCAAGGGCAUGGCCCUCUGCAGACAAAAGCAGGUUCGGGCCGCAAUGAAAGCAUUUGAUCUUGCAUUCACGUUCACGAGCGGAGAGUCGAAUCGUAUCCUUUUCUUGAUCAAGGUCAUUGCAUUUUUAAAUGCAAGUGAGUAUGAAGAGGCAAUGCUGCGCGUCGAAGACCUAGUUGCCACUCCCAAUGCAGAUCCUCUUCCUUGUCGUAUCGUGGAAGUGACUAUCCUGCGCUCAGUCAAACCCAAGUUUAUGUGUCGACACUUUUUUUGUGCGUUUUGCAUGUCAGGCAUAUCUAUAUGUCCGACUGGGAAUCAUUUCUCUAGAUAAUGCGCGUUACGAUGAAGCUGUUGACCACCUUACUGCCGCUGUCAACGCUAGCAAUUUCUUUUUUAAACCAGCAAUUCAUUCUAUGUACCAGGUAUUUAUCGUGAUACGUUGAUAUGAUCCCAUAAAAUCACUUUCAUGUACAACUUUACUUGCAGCUUUUCGGGUGGGACCUCAAGUCUUUGUGGCAA